AACGUUAACCAGCUGGAAGAAAAAAUGGGCAGCAACGAUAGAGCAUCAAAAUCCCCACGUUCGGAUGAUCAGCGCGACAUAAACGAUAUGCCAGUGAAGAGGUCACGCUCAGACUCGGUAAUUGCAGACUUCAUAAUCGCACGAUGAUCUCAAGUGAGGUGAGGUGAGAGUCGAAACUAUAACUAUCGAACAAGUCAGUCAAUCUAAGCAAUUGAAAUGCGCGAGGGGAAAACGCGAUCCGCGACCUAAACUCAAGUAUCGAAACAUAUCUAUCUAUGAAAAGUGUGCGAUCAAGCGAUACAUAUAUACUAAAACAAUAGAAUAAAACGGUAUGGUACCACUGUCACACAAUAUAAAGAGCUGAAAACUCGAAACAUUGGCAAUGACCACAAGCCAUUCUAUACCAUGAAAUAUAACGCGGAAAUUCUCACUAGGAAGUGGGCGCUGGCGCUGGCGCAUCCUGUAUGUACAUAUUUAUAUAUAUAUCAGUAUUGUGCGCCAAGUGAGUCCUCGCUAUCUGUCAACUGAACCGCAACGAAAACUAAUCCAAAAGCAUAUAACUUUCUCUCUCUCUUCUAUAUCUCUUUUUGAUUUUUUUGUAAGCGUUUUCUUUUUAAGUUUGUUCCGCCUAAACUAAGUCGUUCACUCGAUCGAGAGAUGCCAAAUUAGUGUUUGCCCAUACUACCAACCAAAAAUCAGCCACAAACAGCCAACCAACAAACAUCAACACGCGAACCACCGCAUUAUCCGCUUCUAACAACAAUCUAGCCGAGGCCCACGUCGACGCUGGCCAGCGGGUUUCUAUCAUGGGCUGUCACGGCCAGCCAGCCGGCACUGACUCGACAACAACUACCUAUACAAAAUUACUUCAUUCGAAACGUAAUUAAAAUUUUUUGUCUUUUCUUCUCAUUGUCUCCAUAGGGGAAUUAUAAAUUAAGCACCUUGUCCGUUACUGUAAUUUCCGAUUCGUGCCGAACAAAAUCUCGAAAAAGUUCGGUGUCCAUGAAAUUCUCCGGGACUGUGAAUCUACAUAUGUAUAUCUUUAAAAGUUCAACCGGCUUAGCUUUAUAGGUCCGUUAAAAAUUCAAUUAACAUUAAACUUGACAGCUUUUAAUCCUCUCAUACGUAUACAUACAUAUAUAUGUAAUGCAUUCGAAUGGAUAUUUUGGCUGGGCCAUCAGCCACGUAUUGCUCCCUGUUUAGUCCCAUCCAACAACUACAACAACAACAGCAAACACCACAUGAAUAACGUACGGCGGAAAAACCUAACCAACUUAAAAAUAUUGUUGCUCUUAUUAUCGUUUCAGCGUCUUGUUUUCUUUUUAUUUUCUCUUUUUUAUCACUGAGCAAUGUAAUGUGUGACCCUUCAAGUCAAAAACCACGCCCCAACUCAUGGAAACCGUAUCGAAACGCACAUAAGGUCGUUUAUAAUUUCUAUUUUAUAAUAUUUGCGAGAGCUGAGCACACGGCACCCUCUUGACUAUCCCAAGUUGCGAAAGAAAGUGGAGAAGAAAUAAUAAUAUGAAUGAAUGAAUUUUGAAUUUACCGGCCGGGUGGUCUUGCACUUUAGAGAGGGUUCAGUGUGCCCAGGUCUGGGAGUAAUUUGUUCUUUGAUUUCGAUGUGCCGCAAGAAGAUUAUCCAUCUUGAUGGUAUCCGUUGGAUGAGCUUUAUGAUUUCAAUUUUGAUUUGGCAUAAGUUAAACGGCAUUAUCUUUAACACGCUCACAUAUAAACACAACACACAUACUAGCACAUACAUUUACCUAUUUACAUAAAUACAUACACAACCAGUAAGCGUACAUACAUAUCAACAACAUACUGUGUAUAUGUUUAUUUAUUUUACGGGUGCUUCUCUUUUUAUUCUUGCAUCUUCCAGCUUAUAAACAAAAUGAUAAAAUGCUCUUUCUAAUUGAGAAAGAAACCAACCAAUCAGUCACUACUACUACUAUCAUUCAGGCAAUUAAGCGUAUCGAUAUCCAAUCCAAAUCUAAUCAGUCGUUACAAUGCAAAGACUCUCAUCCAAAGUGAAAUAAAACGAAAUUUACGCAUAUGUACAUAUCUCUAUGUAUCCUAUGAUGUACAAACGAAUGUCAUUAGAUAAUUAAGCAAGCAAGCAAGCACAAAAACAACCAAAAUUACGAUUAUGCAUCGAUAGCUAAUCCUCUAUAGCUCUGUGAUCGAAUCGACCAAUCGUCUGUCAGCUGUCCAGAGCCGUGCGCCCCACUGGCCCGCGCAAGCAGAUCCACGAAUGAAACGCAAAAAGCCGGCCAGCGAAAUUAUUAUUAAUGUUUUUUUUUUCUAUUUUUUUCUUUUUGUCUUUAUCUUUCUUGCAGGCAACCGUUUUUGUUGUUUCAAAUGCAUGCUCCAUACUCUGGGUAUCGUCGUCAUUGCAGACCCGAUAUCAACUGCCUGACGGUUCUGCAAGUUUGCGAGCCACAAUGACAGACGCAUGCCCGAGAGUUGCCUUCGAAACAGAAAAACGCAUGAAUCAGAAAUCUCAAAUAAUUGAAAACCAAAUUGCAUUAUCGAUUGCAUAGCUGAUGAUCAUGAUGAAAAUGAACACCUCUGCCUCUGUCGUAUGAGAUGGACUAAUCUGUCUUCCUAAUUCUAGGCAAGUCUACGGAUACCAAAAUUCCGUACCUUUCGCAGCCUCUGUACGAUCUGAAGCAGACGGGCGACGUUAAGUUCGGUCCAGGCACUCGUUCAGCGCUGUUGGGACUCCUGGGUGGGGCUUUGCCCAAACUGACAUCAGAGCAGCAUGAUCUCGUAAGCAAGGCGAAGAAGUAUGCCAUGGAACAAAGCAUUAAGAUGGUCCUAAUGAAGCAGACGCUAGCACACCAACAGCAACAGUUGGCCACGCAACGUACCCAAGUGCAGCGACAACAGGCAUUGGCUCUAAUGUGCAGAGUGUAUGUUGGCAGCAUUUCAUUUGAGCUUAAAGAAGACACCAUUCGCGCCGCUUUCAUGCCCUUUGGGCCGAUCAAAUCAAUCAACAUGUCCUGGGAUCCUAUUACACAGAAACAUAAGGGUUUUGCCUUUGUUGAAUACGAGAUACCAGAGGGCGCGCAGCUGGCAUUAGAACAAAUGAAUGGUGCUUUGAUGGGUGGACGCAACAUAAAAGUCGGUCGUCCGAGCAAUAUGCCGCAGGCCCAACAAGUUAUAGAUGAGGUCCAGGAGGAAGCAAAGAGUUUCAAUCGCAUUUAUGUAGCCUCCAUACAUCCAGAUCUCUCGGAAGAGGACAUUAAGAGUGUAUUUGAAGCGUUCGGACCUAUUCUAUACUGUAAAUUGGCGCAGGGAACUUCGCUACACACGCACAAGGGCUAUGGAUUCAUCGAGUAUGCCAACAAGCAGGCCAUGGAUGAGGCCAUUGCCAGCAUGAAUCUCUUCGAUUUAGGCGGUCAACUUUUACGUGUGGGACGAUCCAUUACGCCACCAAAUGCGUUAGCAUGUCCCCCAACGAAUUCAACAAUGCCAACGGCGGCUGCUGUGGCGGCUGCCGCUGCAACAGCAAAGAUUCAGGCUUUGGAUGCAGUUGCCAGUAACGCCGUACUGGGCUUAUCAGCUACACCGGCUCUCGGCAUUGCUAAUGCCGUUGCUGCUAAAGUGGGCGGUCUGCCGGUGAUAAAUCCUGUCAACCCGGCAGCCACUGUAUUGCAUCCGGCUUUGGCAGUAACCCAAGCACCAGCCACAGCACUGUUGGCGCCGGGAAUAUUCCAAACGCCAACCAUUGGGGCGCCCAGUCUGCUAGGUGUACCAGCCGGUUUGCCUGCUCUGACAACUGUGGCACAGCCUACACUUCCACCACCAGCUCUGCUAGCAACGCCAACCGUCCCUCUGCCCGGCACAGUAGUUCCGCAGGUGACGGUCGGUAUAGAGACUAGCAAUGGAGCAGCGGCUACGCUAUCGGUGGCUGCCAAUAAUGCUGCAGUAACUGCCGCCAAUUUGUCGGAGAACAUCAAGAAGGCGCAUGAGAAGCAGCAGGAGGAAUUGCAAAAGAAACUAAUGGACGAGGGUGAUGUGCAAACCUUGCAACAGCAGGAGAAUAUGUCUAUCAAAGGGCUUAGCGCUCGACAAUUGGUUAUGCAGCGGCUAAUGAGGCCGCUCGAGUCUCGUGUCAUCAUAUUACGGAACAUGGUGGGUCCCGAGGACGUGGACGAGACCCUGCAGGAGGAGAUACAAGAGGAAUGUAGUAAAUUUGGCACAGUCAGUCGAGUUAUCAUAUUUAAUGAGAAGCAAACCGAAAAUGAAGAUGAUGAUGAGGCCGAAAUAAUUGUAAAGAUCUUUGUAGAGUUCUCUGCCUGCAAUGAAGCAGUACGGGGCAAGGAUGCGUUGCAUGGACGAUUUUUUGGCGGACGUCGUGUUGUGGCUGAACUAUACGAUCAGGCCCUUUUUGAUCAGGGCGACCUGUCUGGUUGAACGUUUUGUCUUGCGAUUUUAGUAUUAAGCUCACUAGCUCGGACCUUUUCUUCUGGCUAAUGUUAACAGCCGACUUUUUUAUAUACACCUUAAACUUAACAUUUUAUUUAUUACGACGAAUGCGCCUAUUUAUGUAUGUAUUCUCCACCCGCGACAAAUCUAAAAAAGGUUCAAACUGCGAUGUAGAAGAAAGUGAUUUAGUUGUAACGACCCAAAAGCAAUUGCCGCAGAGUAGUUGUGUAAAAUAAUAAUGGUAUAAGUUUUCAGACCCUUUUUUAAUGAGAGAGAUAUCUAAAAAGAGAUUUGCCUACAAAGCAAAACGUAUGAUGUGUUUAUCUUAAUUAACUAUUUGUACAUUUUAUUUGUCUCAGCGCUUAAAUACAAAUAAAAAUCUAAUUUUCAAAAAAAAA